CAUCAUUCUCCCAAACCUCAGCUGUACUCGGAAAUUUCUUUUUGCAAUGGCCGUUUUUCUCUGAGUUCCCAGAUUGAUUCAGUGUUAACGCCAAGCUGCAUCAUCAUCAGGAUGCAAUUGUCCUGGUCUGGUGCAACUGCGUAUGCACUGAAUCAGGAGUAAUAUUUUUUCAGGCGGUUUCCUCCCUUCCAGGAACCUAGGAAUGAAUACACAAUCUGGUAGCUGCGGUGUAGACCUCAGAGAAGUAGACAAUUUAAGUGCCGUUUCCAAUGGAACUAAUUUUGGGCAUUCAAUAGUGACCAGUCACGGUGAGAUUGAAGCCAAACAUCGAGCGAUCCUGGUCAAAUGGCUAAAUAGUCUUUUUCCUUCAUUAAACUUGCCAAAGAAUAUUAGGGACGAUGAGUUAAGAGAAUGCUUGAGUGAUGGCACAGUUCUAUGUCAGAUAUUAAACAAGUUAUCGCCUGGCUCUGUGAAUGUGGUUAGUGAUGGUGAUCAGUCUUCACAAUCAAACUCGGAAAAUAUCAAAAGGUUUCUGGCAGCUAUAGACAGUCUUGGGUUGCCUCAGUUUGGUGCAACAGAACUAGAGAAGGGAUCUUUGAAUCAUGUUGUGGACUGCCUUAUAAAACUUAGAAGUUUGCAUAGCUCUUCGGGAGAUGAUAACAUUUCAGUACUAAGUUUCAAAUCAGAGGGUUCCCGUGGACAUGCAUCUCGUAGUUCUCCAACAUCAGGAGAAGAGAAUAAAAGAUUUUCAUCUGAGUCAAAGUCAAAGUUACAACGUGUACUGCGUAGUGCAGGUAUUGGCAAUUGCUUUUACCCUAUGCCAGAGUCGUCAGGGGCACUAACACAGCAUGUUGUGCAUAAACUCCAUGAAUCGCAUCACGCAGGGCAUAAGUUCCAUGAGAUGUUUCAACUGAAAAAUGGAAGCUUGGUAGAUAUGCCUUCCUCAAAAGUUUCGGAGAUAAUGAAAUCAAACAGUAUAGAGAAUGCUUCCACUCAGUAUAUUCUAACUUUCAUGAAUGGUAUUCUAGAUGAAAGUGCUGAAAGAAGAAACGGUGAAAUACCUUACCGUGUGGUCCCCUUGCUGAAAAAGAUUGUCCAGGAAAUUGAGCGACGUAUAUCAAUACAGGCAGAACAUUUACGAACACAAAACAAUAUUUUAAAGGUUCGUGAUGAAAAAUAUCAAUCAAGAAUCAGAGUUCUUGAGGCACUUGCAUCUGGAACUAGAGAAGAAAGUGAGAUGGUUGCAAGCCAGCUUAAGCAGUUAAUGACUGAGAAGACCAAAGUGGAAGAAGAGAAGAAGGCUAGUGAGGAAGAGUUGAUUAGGUUGAAGGAAGAGAUGGACCACAUAACUACAAAAUUUUCAACAUUGAAGCAAGAGCUAGAAACAACAAAAGACACAUGCUUACAGUUGGAAGCAGAAGCUGAGGGUGCCAAAGGAGAACUGAAUCAGAAGUCAAAAGAAUACGAACUUCAAUUAAACGAUUUACUCAAUAAGGUGAAAGAACUUGAGACUUCUUCUGAUUCAAAGUAUCAUAAAUGGAACAUGGAGAAGAACCUAUUGCAGGAAGCUGUCGAUUUUCAAUUUAGUUCCCUGCAGAAAAUAAAAUUGUCUUGGCAAUCCAUUGUGCAAGAUAUCUUGAAAGAGCAAAAAAUGUACAUGGAAGAAAGCAAUCAAUUAGGUGUAAAUCUUAAACCACUAGUGGAUGCAGCUAAUAAUUAUCAUGUUGUUCUUGCCGAAAAUCGAAGACUGUUUAAUGAAGUUCAAGAAUUGAAAGGUAAUAUUAGAGUAUAUUGUCGAAUCAGACCAUUUAUUCCUGGACAAAGGGAAAAGAGAUCCAUCAUACAACAUACUAGUGAAAAGGAUUUGGUUGUAGCAAACCGCUCCAAACAAGGGAAAGAAGCACUUCGAUCAUUUAGCUUCAAUAAGAUCUUUGGUCCAACUACAUCUCAAGAGGAUGUAUAUUCUGACAUACAACCAUUCAUACGAUCAGUACUUGAUGGGUACAAUGCAUGCAUCUUCGCUUAUGGCCAGACAGGUUCAGGGAAAACUUACACUAUGAGUGGUCCUAAUGGAGCAACAGAAGAGACUUAUGGUGUUAAUUAUCGAGCUCUCAAUGACCUCUUUAGCAUUUCCAGCAGCAGAACAGGCUCCAUAGUCUAUGAGGUUUGGGUUCAAAUGGUUGAGAUAUAUAACGAGCAAGUGCGCGAUUUAUUGGCAACUGAUGCUUCUAAAAAAAGACUUGGGAUAUUGACCCAACCUCAACCCAAGGGCUUAGCUGUACCUGAUGCCAGCAUGUUCCGUGUUAAUUCAACUUCAGAUGUUUUGAUGCUAAUGGACAUUGGACUGAAAAACAGAGCAAUGGGGGCAACUGCUAUGAAUGAAAGGAGUAGUCGUUCGCACAGUGUGGUCUCAAUUCAUGUUCGUGGGAAAGAUAUACACUCUGGUUCUUCUCUGCAUGGUAAUCUUCAUUUGGUAGAUUUGGCAGGAAGUGAAAGGGUAGAUCGUUCUGAAGCAACUGGGGAUAGGCUUAAGGAAGCGCAGCAUAUAAACAAAUCAUUGUCUGCCCUUGGAGAUGUCAUUUUUGCCCUCGCCCAAAAGAGCUCCCAUGUGCCAUAUAGAAAUAGCAAACUUACUCAACUCCUGCAAAGUUCUCUUGGCGGUCAUGCAAAGACUCUCAUGUUUGUCCAACUUAAUCCGGAUGUAAAUUCAUUUUCUGAAAGUCUAAGUACAUUAAAGUUUGCUGAGAGGGUCUCUGGAGUUGAAUUAGGACAGGCACGAAGCACUGGAGAUGGCAAAGAUGUUAGAGAACUAAUGGAGCAGAUAGCUUUUCUCAAAAACACAAUUGCAUUAAAAGAUGAGGAGAUUGAGCAGCUACAAUCACUUAGAGAUGUAAGAAAUGUCUGUUCGGAGAGAGCCUUUUUGAGGUAUGGAUCUCCCUUUAAGGGCAGAGAAUCCAUAAGCAGAUCUCCUAAGAGGGACCAUACAGCAUCAGGGGGGAGAAAUACACAAUUAGAAGCUCAUUUCCAGCAGUCAAUGGAUGGCCUAAGACAAGACACUGAAUUUUUCCAGUUUCCCAGAGUUGCUGGGAACAGUCCUGAUAGGCCAGAGAUUUUCCGGUAUGCAAGUGAGGAUUAUGGUGGAAGACUGAGUGAUUUUUCCGACGGGGGCUUUGUAGGAACAGAAGCUGACGAUUUGUUUGAUAAUAAAGUUCACACUGAAAACAGAAAAUCGCCACUUCGCAUGGUGAAAUCAAAGCCAUCCCCAAAAACUGGCGGAGUACACACAGCUCACAAGAGUCCUCUAAGGGCAAAGAUCUUUCGACAUGGUAGUGCAGAUUAUGGGGCAACACCAGGUGAUCACUUUUCUGAACGGGGCUUUCGGAGAACCGUCACCGAUGAUCAGUUUGAUAAUCAAGUUGUCGCUGAAAACAAAAAAUCUCCUUUCCGCACGAUGAAAUCAAAGGUUGCAUCAAAAGUUACUCGAGUUUUGCCGAAAACGACCCAACCCUCACCGACUACCACAAAGGGGACGGCCAAGAAGUCACCAAGAAUUAAAAGAAGCAACAGUGGUGGACUUCCAAAAGGCACCAUGGGCAGAUUAGGAGGGAGAUAGGAAAGCCGUCAAAUGAAGGGAAAAUUGAAGGCUAAAUAUCAACGCGCCCAAAAUUUUUCAAUGAGGCUGUACAUUGUUUAAAAUUAGGGGGAAAAUACAAAUUGCCACUUGGAAUUUUCCGUGUUUCUGUUUUGUUCGUCAGUUUUUUCCUUGGAAAAUGAGAACAAUCCUCUCAAUUCCUGUACUUUUUUUUGGCCAA